AGUUGAAUGCAUGUACUGUGCCCACGUCAUUUGAAGUGGUAGUCAACGGGAGUGCAUCUCCAGUAGUCAACGCAAUCACUCUCGGUAUAUGGGCUGUAUAGAGACCGCGUACCGCUGGAUUGAAGCUCACUGCGCUGUGUAUACCUUCAGCUGAUACAACUGCGUAACGAGUUGUUGGACGGAUUAUUAACUCAAAUUUACUUGAAAAUCAACUAGAAAUCAUGACUACGUACAUGCCACCGAUGCAGACGAGGGGAAGGGCAGAAAAAGCCCCACCACCUGGCCUAGAUUUGACAAAUCGAGUCUUUGGAAACUACGAUGAGAAGAACACACGCACCAUGUACAAUGGUUCCCACUAUGCUAGAACCUUCAAGGGAGAGAAGCACCCUUCCCAGCCAAAACCCAGGCUAACUUCUGCCACCAGGCACAACAAUCCCCAUCCGGAGGGUGUCGGCUUUCUCAUGCAGGACGUCGCGACCCUCCAUGACCCCAUCUGCGAUGUGAAGACCAAGGUCAACCCCAACGAUGCUCACUGGUGGCCUUCAAGAGAGAACCCCAACACCAACAAGAACCCAGUCUAUACCAAGGACACGAUCAAUAGGAGUGACUUUAAGACGUAUAAGGAUAGACCAAAGGGGCAGACCAGACAUGGCAGUAACCCUCACACAGUACCUGCUCAAGGGCCAGUUCCAGUUACUCAAUUAGCGAACCCAACCGGGCCCAGACUUCUGAUGGAGCGCAUCUCUUAUCAGCAUGGCUAUGAUAGCCGUAAAGACAACAAUCUUCAACAGAGGGGCAAGCUCCAUGGAAACUUUGUAUGGGAUGCAUUUCACCCGACCACACAACCAGAUGUUAAGGAUACCCCUACAAGACCGAGACCCGAUCGUCCAGGGCGGGGCAGCAAGGGUAUGCACAACAUCAUGAUGCAUGACCUCACGUCCGAACCCAACCGGGCCGUCAGGGACGCGCGAUUUCCCGGUCAACAUCGACCGCUGAAGCCGAUCUCGGGAAAGAUCGGAGGACCUCAAGAGGACAGGAUUUUUGCGACGGACAUACCAAGUGCCGGGCUCAGACACGAUACGAUGCCGACACUCCCUCCCAUAGGCACAAAUAUGUAGGACAUGGUUUUUAUUUAUUUGUGACGACUGUCUAAUGAUGGAGUUGAAUGCUUCACGAAGGGUGCUUCAAUCUGUGGACGUGAUUCAGAUCAGACUUCCAAUACUUUAAAGAGAAGGUCGAGUUCUGGGAAGAGGU